CAGCGCAGCAAGAUCGAAGGAGUCUCGCGCGCACGCGUUCACCCCACGGAUUCAACCGGUGGCGCGUGCUCGGAUGCAUUAACAUCUCGGUGAAAAAAAAAAAGAAAGGAAAGAAAGAUAAAGAAAGAAAAGAAAGAGUUAGCGGUUGGGUAUAAUAUCGAAGAGAGGAUAGUGAGAACGCGACUGCACAUUUGGGAUUUGAUGAUGCAAUUCAUGAACUGAAGCUUUUUUUUCCCUUUCGCGCAUCUCAGGAAAGAGGGUGGGUACAGCAGAGAGAGAGAGGGAGAGAGAGAGAGAGAGAGAGAGAGAGAGGUGCGGAUCGGUGCCGUGGAUCGCGCCUCUUCACUCACGAGGAUGCUGGUGGGCAAUGCCCGUGGACAGGGAGGCCGAGAUUUGCCAGAAAGCGCUGGAGCUCCUCUCGGAUCUCUGCUCUAAAGGGGAGGUGCAGAACGAGAACUGCCUGGAUUUCAUUUACUAUUUCCGGGACCUGGCCAGACCGAGGUACUCCGAAUCAGAUGUCUCGGUGAGCCUGCUGUCAUUGGUGGUGACCGCCUGUGGACUGGCCUUGUUCGGCGUCUCACUCUUUGUCUCCUGGAAGCUAUGCUGGAUCCCAUGGCGCGAGCGAGGACUUUCUCCUGGAACCAAAGAGGGCCAAACAGAGCACCCUCUUCCUCCUCCUCCACCACUUCAACCGCAGCCCAUUUACACAGAAGUGGACGCCACUCUCGACCGCCGGAACCAACCACGAGGCUCAGUGGUUAAGGAGACGACUGUGCCUCCAACGCCAGUCUCGCCGCCAGCACCCGGGUCUCCUCCACCCGUCCCGGUGCCCGAGACAGCUCUGAAAAUCAGCCACACUUCACCUGAUAUUGCCAUGGAGGCAGAGUCCAAGGCUGGAGAGAACGGCAUCUAUGGCAGCGGUCGUAUGCAGAGGCAGAUCACAGAUCCUUCCUCGACAUGUGUUCGGCAAAGCUCCAUUCGGCGCCACAUGAACCAGUCCAACCCUGACUUCAUGGUAGCUCAGUUCCAGAGGCAAGACUCGCUGACGGGGAUGAGUCUCGGCCGACUCAAACCGGAGCUGUACAAGCAGCGCUCGUUAGACAGCGAAGAGAACCGCAGUGGUCGAGGGGGAAUCUGUGGCCGCCUCCAUUUCAUCCUGAAAUACGACUGUGAUCUGGAGCAGCUCAUAGUCAAGAUCCACCGUGCCCAAGAUCUUCCUGCCAAGGACUUUUCUGGGACCUCAGAUCCCUACGUUAAGAUCUACCUUCUUCCUGACCGCAAGACCAAGCACCAAACUAAGGUGCAUCGAAAGACUCUGAACCCCGUUUUCGAUGAGGUCUUCCUCUUCCCUGUGGCAUAUGCCGAACUUCCCACGCGAAAGCUCCACUUCACAGUUUACGAUUUUGACCGGUUUUCACGGCAUGACAUCAUCGGACAGGUGGUAGUGGACAACUUCUUGGAUCUGGUGGACUUUCCACGGGAGACCAAGUUGUGCAGGGACAUUCAGUACGUCUCCUCGGACAACGUGGAUCUGGGUGAUCUGAUGUUUUCGCUCUGUUACUUGCCCACUGCUGGCCGACUGACCAUCACAGUGAUAAAGGCACGCAACCUGAAAGCCAUGGACAUCACCGGAGCGUCAGACCCCUACGUGAAAGUCUCACUGAUGUGCGAAGGGCGGAGAUUAAAGAAGAGGAAGACGUCCACUAAGCGGAACACCCUGAACCCUGUUUAUAAUGAGGCUAUAGUAUUCGACGUCCCACCAGAAAACAUCGAUCAGAUUAGCCUUUUGAUAGCUGUGAUGGAUUAUGAUCGUGUAGGUCACAACGAGGUCAUAGGUGUGUGUCGUGUGGGUAACGAUGCUGAGAGUCUGGGCAGGGACCACUGGAACGAGAUGUUGACGUACCCUCGUAAACCCAUCGCUCGCUGGCACCCUCUAAUCGAGUACCAGGGCUCCGGCGGAGGAAGUCAGACGGGCUCGUGUAACUCUCUUAAGACUCCUCCAUCCCCAUAGAGCGGUUUCUGCUUCUGUCCUGGAACACGAGUGGGCGAUAGGCUUCGUCCGGAGAAGACCCGAGAAGCUGGGCGAUAGAGCUGCUAAGCCCCAGAUAACGUGUUUCUUCUGGGAAAGGGACUCAGAAACACAGUUUGCCUCUGGAAGCCCUUCUUUGCAUGGGAACACUUGAUUGUUUCAGCUGCAUGUUGAGUGGUCACAUAAUGUAUGGUCGUUUUCUAUGAAAUAUGGUGAUAUGAAAAUAUACAAGGGGUAUUUUGAUGUAUUUUUCUUUUCCUGAUGUUGUAGUAGCCCGAAUGUCAUAGGCCGCCAAUCAGGGAGGACGAAAAGCACAUGUCUGAUGUUGUGUAUUUUGAAACCAGCGUCCAGAAGCAUGGUCAAAUACACAUCAUUCCCUUUUCCGAGGGAUAUCCAUUCAUGGGCUUGCUUUUGCACUUGAAUUAGUGCAAAAAGAAAUGAUAAUAAUAAUAAUAAUAAUAAUAAUAAUAAUAAUAAUAAUAAUAAUGGAUUUAUGAGUCAACAAGAACAAAUGUAUGGAUGUCUGUAAACUUGAUAAAAUGUCUGUUUUUGUUUGUUUGUUUGUUUUUUUUAAGAAUAGUCCCAUUUUUUUAAUGGAUAUUGUAACCUUUGUUAUUGCAUCAUACAUAGAUCUUAAGGUCACAACAUUUAUUUUUAUUUUUUACUCAAAAGUGCAUGAGUGUGUUCAGGAUAGGGUUCGGUCCAAAGUGUUUUCAUUAUGAAACAAUGUGAAUUCUGUCAACUGUUGCUUCCAUUUGCUGAUGAUUUAUUUACUUUGUGGGUAAAAAAAAAAUAGAAAUUCAUGCUAUUAAAAACUUGUUUCUUA